AUGCAGAAGUUGUACUUAUUAGCUGCUCGGUUGCCGUUUAUUUUAGUUUUCCUGGACCUGAAAGCCAUUUCUUUGAUACGGCGUUGUCUCCUGCAUGCUCGGAAAUCCGGAAACGCAGAAGGCCGCCAAAUAAAACCAACUUUAUGCAUGGGCCGUGUCGAUUUUGGUAGUUUCGUUCGAUGUUGCUUUAGGAUUGUAAGCGGAACUUCAAUGCUGGGCACGCAAACGGCAACCAAUUUUAGUUUUGAGUGUUAUGCAUUGAGAAUAGAAGUUGUAGUCGGGCUUUGGAAGAGUCCAAGUUUCUAUAUGCUGAUUUUGAUUUGCAGUAAUCAGAAAUCUGUAUAGCGUAAGUGCUAAAAAGAAAAGCGCCGCUUUUCGGUAUUAAAAAAGCAAGCUUUGUUUUCAUGCGGGGUGAGCAUCAGCAAGCCUUCGCAAAGCUUACAAAAAUGCGCUGCGUGCAUUACAGCUUAUCUAGCUGCUCCAGAACCAGAACAUGCAUGAUCAUGACAAAAAAGCGCACUCUUGCAGACCCGGACAGAUGAUUUUCAAUUCAUAAGUGUUGA